CACUACUAAUCUCUACUCUUUAAUAUAGCUCACAACACAUUCCUCACUACUUUCUUUUUCUCUUGCAAAAAAAGCAAACUUGGAUAAUAUGAUCUCUGAAAAGAAAAACGCUUUUACUUUCAUUAUUUUGAACUCUGCAAAAGUUGUGAAGUGAUUGAAGGAAAAGAAUGGAGUUUAGGAUAGAACUUUCUUCAACAAAAGACUGUUUUUUUUCUAGACUCAAGGGAUUUUACAAUGAGUACCAUCAAUACAAGAAUGAGAAAGGUAAAAAACCAUCACCAAAUUCAGAUUCCGAAAACUCGAAAAAAGGCGAUAGCAAGGCUUGUGGAGAAUCAUCAUCAUCAUCAUCAUCCAAAGGGAACAAGGCUGUUUUGUGGGGAAGUGAAGUUGAUGAGCUUAAGGAGAGACUUAAAAUUCUUGAAGAGGAAACUGAGAUAAUUAAAGGUGCUUUCUUUUGGAGUUUGAAAGAAAGAAAACAUAUGAUGAAAGAGAUAUAUCAGCAGUUUCAGCUAUUACAUCAUCUCCUUCAAACUCAAAAUUUAGUGCUGGAAGAAAAUUCUGGUGUCAACCCUUUUGAGAAUGUGGAAUUCAGAAAGAGUUUGCUAGAAAUUUUAAGCCCACAUCCAAAUCCAUCUCUUCUUACCAGAGAGCUUAAAGCUGAAGUUUUGGCACUUCAAGAACCUGCUGUUAAAGUAAAAACAGAGGCCACACCAAGUUUCACCAUGACUGAUUCAAUUCUCAAUAUGUGUAAGGAGUGAAGUUCACCAUUGAAAGAGAGCUUCUUGGAAGAAUGAAGUUGAAUGAUGUUUUAAUUACCUUUUAUGUCAAAAACUGUGUUUUCUACUACUUUUUUACUAUGCAGGAAAAGAAAAAAAAAACAGCUUUGUUAUAAGAAUAUAUACAGAGAGACAAUACAAUAGAACAGAUACAAUUUUAGUCA